GUCCCUCAGAACGAAUGGUGGUUCCUUCUUUCUCUGGAAAUACCGGCGACAGCGGUGAUGACAUCGGGACGACGGCCAGGUCUUAUUUGAGGCAAGUCGCAGCAUGGAGGCGAAUGACCCGCCUCGGGGAAGAACAACAAGGCCUCACCUUGUACCAGCAUCUGAAGGACAAGGCCUGGAUUGAUGCAGAAAGAUUGGACAUGGACCAGCUGGCUUCACGCAACGGUGUGGACUAUCUGGUCGAGUGGGUGAGAGAAAGGUACCUUGACGUUCAAGUCACGCAGGUGGGCCGAAGUUUGUCAGGAUUCUUCAGGAGUCUUCGCCGCAAAGCAAACCAGACGGUGCGGGACUACAUGGCAGACUUCGAUAGAGCUCACUCAAGGCUGCUCGAAGUCGGUUGUUGCCUCCCCGACGUGGCGGCAGCCUGGGUGUUCGUGGACCGUAUGGGCUUGGAAGAGCAGGCGGAACUUAAUUUGCUUGCUUCGGUGGGCAAUCAGUAUUCGCUAAAAGCUCUUCAACAAGCUGCCAUUGUUCACGAUCGUGGCCUCAGGAAACCAUGGGAUUCUCAGAGCCGAGUUCCCCGCAAGGAGUGGAGCAACAACAAGAAGCCCUUCUCGGCGAACAUGGCCGACGCCGAGGACCACGACCUCUUCGACAUCGACGAGGCCCCCGAGGACGAUGCCGACGAGGAUGGACCUGUACCUGAAGAAGUCGCUCAGGAUCUAUAUCAAGCUUACAUGACACAUGCUACAGCCAAGCAGAAGUACAGGGAGAGUGCGAAGCUGAGGGGAAGCGAUCCAGAGAGCUUCAAAUCCCUUGCGGCCGAGAAGCUCAAAGCUGCGAAGGCUCGCUCGUUUUGCGCGGGCUGUAAGAGACGUGGGCACUGGCACAAGGCCGCCAUUUGCCCGCUCAACAAAGGAGCCGGCGCUACAGCGACGUCUACCAGCGCCACUCAGAGCCCUUCCUCAGCAGCCUCGCCCAAGGACCCCGUGAGAGCCAACUAUCCAUGCCACGUGGUCCACGUCACCUGGGAGAUUGAGCCUGGCAAGCCUCAAGACUUUUUGGCCAUCACUGAUACUGCGUGUUCAAGGUCGGUGGUGGGCGCCAGUUGGAUCGACUCCUAUAUCGCGGAGACCAGGAGGCAGGGAACAGAACCUCUUUUCAUUUCCUGCAAGGAGGCUUUCAAGUUCGGUGCUUCGAAGGUGUUCAUGGCUGCCUACGGCGUGAUCCUUGGUUUCGAGAUUGGCGGGCAUAAGAUUGCUUUGCGAGUGGCAGUGGUCAACGGCGAAGUCCCGCUUUUGGUGUCGAGGGGAGCCCUUGGCAAGAUGGGGAUGGUGCUUGAUGUGGAGGACAACACGGCUUCCUUCAAGAAGCUAGGAGUGAGGGACAUGGCUCUCUCCUUGACUGAUUCUGGUCACCCCGCUUUUGUCGUGAAGCCAGCAGUUCUGCCCAAGUCUGAUGGCACAAGUUCCAUUUGGGAUGUUCAGGAGAUUCAGAUCUUUCCACACGAGGCGGCAUACAUGGGCGUUCCUGAGGGUCUAGGGUUUCAAGGGCCGGUGGGCGAUGAGCGUGAUGAAGAUGAUCUGUGUUCUUCUAUUUGGAUGGUGAGCUCUCAUGAUGUUCCAGGCCACAACCCUGAUGAGCUGGAUGCCUCACUUGAACGAGAUCCCCGAGGUCCCUCAGGCUCCUUCAACAACAUCUUUUAUCCUAAGAAGAUUGGGAACGCCACGAAGAACCUCCUUCUCGAUGUGACCUUCAACCCCGAAACCUUCGCGUCAUGGUGGUCUACAACAAACAUCUCCAAUGACUUCUGGGUCGAGAAUGAAGACAUGCUUGUACGAGUACAUGUAAUUCCCCGCAGAGCCUUUUUCAGUCCCCUCUACUGGAAAACCACAAACUCUUCCCACAAACAAUCACUGCUGCAGAGUUUGGGAACGGUACGUACAAUCAAUGCCAUUUCGUGUAAGACACACAGAGAGUUUGCGGCUAUUCACGGCACAUGGGACAGCAGUGCAGAUGACUCAGCCUUGCCGAUGCUGUGGGUUGGAAGGACUGUCUUUCGUAGACGCAAGCAGAUGCCCACGAGCACCCCGCGACUUUUGCCUUCGCUCGAUGGCCUCCAGGAGCGACCUUCUCACAGCUCCAGUGGUCACGCGGGCGAAAGUUCUCUCCGAGUUCACGAUUGCCGAGGCUACGGCGCGAAACCUAUGGUUCUCCAGCAGCUGGACCAUGGUCGAGAUCCGCUCGCUCAUCCAAGAGGACAGAAAGAACCCGUCGGGCAACCACCCGGCCGACAGUGGGAUGAGCAAGAUACGGUGGAUCAGCUGAAGGAGAGAGCAAUGGAGUUGGGCUACCACCUCCCGCCGUACGCGACGAAGGGGACGAUCAUGAGGAUCUUGCGCGACCAGAACGGGAUGGGGCCCUCGUCCAUUCUGGGUUUCGGAAGGUUCAAAGGCAAGAUGUUCAGCGAGACCCCCGAGAGCUACCGCACCUGGGCCCUAAAGGAAGUGAACAGCCACGACAACCCCUCCGAGGACCUGGUGAUGUUCGCGAACUGGUGGCAGGGAGAACUGCACCGAUGGCGGGAAACGCCGCUGAGCAGGGCAUCCCCGUCAAGCGCGGCGGGCUACUUGGACCCGGAGGAGAAUGCAACGAUCCCCUACAUCGAGGACGCGAGCUCUACUACGUCAUGGGACAUGGUGACCAAGGAGACGCUCAACAUGACGAGGCCCAAGUCGAAAGCGGCUCCUGCCCAAGCCCCAAGGACGCCACCGCGGAGGAGACCGUUCGAGAAAGAUGGAGCUUUGGCGGCCCACAUGGAGCAGGAUAUCCCUGCCGAAGUGAACGACGAGGAAACCGCUGAGGCAAAGGGCGGCAGCCACGAGGACGAGGAGGUCUACUAUGCAUGCGAGCCCGUCAAGGAGGACGCCUUUGAGUAUUCCUACGGCACGAACAACCAGGAUGGAGACUCCGAGGACUACGACGAAGCUAUCGCCGAGGACGACACCGACGACAUCCUGCUCGACCUCCUCGGGAUCAAUGCGAACGAGACGAUGGUGGUGAUCGGAGGCGACCGCGCGGAUGAUAUAAACUCUGGAGGCAGCGGGGAUGUAUUCCAGCGUGAGACCACCGGAGUGGGCAAUGCCAGUCGAGGACUACGGAGUUCAAGAGAAAAGGAAUGCGAGCAGCUGGCCAAGGCAAAGCUCAACAACCAGGACUUCCUCUACGACGACCUCCUUGAGAUUGUGAAGAACAUCCCCCUCACCAAGGCGAAGAAAGGGAAGGUGCACACAGACCCCCACAAUCUUCCGAACGUUCCCGUGGCCACGGUUUCCUUUGGCAAGUUCGAAGGCGCUGUACAACGAGUCGAUGCUGCAGGCACCGUCCGCUACGGCAAGACGGUGAGCACCAAGGAGCAGGUCUUCACUUUCGACGGCAAGAUCCUCGAUUCAGAGACGAACUCCGAGAACUACGUUUUCCGCUUCGUGGCCUUCCUACUCAACGAGGACAACUACCUGGAGGAGAUCGAGGUUUCAGGAGUGACCAAGACAAUCGAGGCUGCGGACAUGCAGUACUACGCCGCCGAACCCUUCGCCUACGAGUUCGACGAGGGCCAGGACGUUAACACGAACAUGGUGCAGGAGACGGUGGAGGCCUUCGAUCCCGCGGUGAUCUGGGUGCACGGGGACAAAGCGAAUAUCUUCCCCCUUGCCGAGAUUGCAGAGAUUCUUUAUGAGCACGUCGAAAAGGGGAGGCAACUGGCUUUGGAAGCUCCAAGAGAUGAUCCUUGCUGGAACAACAGUGCGAUGAAGGAGUUGUUGUGCCGAUACGAAGACCGAUGUGUGAGAAGAGAUACAGAACCCAACGUUGUCCGCAUCAACGACAUCUUCUAUCACCCGACGCCUACGCCUACAGACCCCUCGCAUCCUGUCCUCGAGCAGUACAUGGCACAACACCUCAACCAGGAGGAGAGGGACGUGGAUGCAGCGAACUCUUCGAGAGGGGCAGCCGCCAUCACGUUCGAGAAGGGCAAGACCAUUGCCCCCGAGGUCAGGAGCUCACUCAAGCGACUCCACCAGAAUCUUGGUCACCCGGGCAAUGUGGACCUGGCAAGGCAUUUACACCUGGCAGGAGCAGACCCCAGUGUCGUUGAGGCCUGCAAACGCCUACGAUGCCAAGUGUGCGAGAGGUCCCAGCGCGGAUCGUCGGCCAAACCGGCUACGCUCCCCAACAUCUUGGAUUUCAACCAGGUGGUGGCGGUGGACGCUUUCUACGUUUACGACACGAACAAGGUGAAGGUGGAGCUGAUGAUCGCCAUUGAUGUGGGAACAGGUUUCAUUUCCGCUGGGCCUUUGCUUGGUCAUUCGACGCCUACAAUGGAAGCUUCCUUUUGCGCCAUUUGGAGCAACACCUUUGGAGCUCCCGGAACUCUUGUCUUGGACCUUGAAUCAGGUCUCCAGUCUGGUUUGGGGCGAUACAGUGAAUGGCACGGCACUCACCUACGGCCUAUAGCGGGGCAAGCGCACUGGCAGAACGGUGCCGUGGAACGGGCGAUCAGAACCUGGAAGGAGAUUUGGGUUCGAUUGGUGGACGAAAAGACGGCCACCUACGACGAGGCCGGGAUGGUGAUCACCGCCGUUAACUCGGCGAUGAACACCCUACGCCGAGACAGUGGAUUCAGCCCGGCCCAGGCCGUGUGGGGCCGCGAGCCGAAGUUACCAGAGGAUCUUCGUUCAGGUCCACAAGAUGAGCACGUCGAGCACAUCAUCAGUCAUGACCGCCAGCGAGCGCGCGAACACACCCUGCGUAUCUCUGCGAAGGAAGCCUACUUCAAGUGCCAGAACGAUGCACGACUACGCCGCAGCUUGUUGCAGAGAUCAAGGGUGGCAGGGCCAGAGUUGGAAGUUGGAGCUCACGUGUUCUUCUACCGCAAGCCCAAGAACAACAAGAACUGGGAGUGGCACGGCCCAGCAGUGGUGAUAGGCAAGGAAGGACCCAACACGUGGGUGUCUUUCACAGGGAGGUGUCAUCUCGUGGCGCCGGAGCACCUUCGAACAGCGAGUGCCGAAGAGCUGGGCGCAGCUUUCGCCCUGCGUGCGACCCAAGAGGACCUACAGCGACUUCUCGAGCAGGACUUUGCCGACGAGAACACCUUCGAGAACGAAGACAUGGAAGUGGAACAAGAUCCAGAGCUUCAACCUGGAGAUGCCGACCCCCAGCAAGAUGAAGGUGGAACUCGUCGCCGCGUCAACCCGACGCAGCCACCACCUGUGACGAAGCGCCACCGUGUGAAGGGACCGCCAAGCGAUGAGGCCAUGCCAGUGGACCACGAGGUUUCAUGA